AUGCCAGAUCUCCCCAGCUCAUUACAAAGCUUAAAAGAAAUUCUACAAGAUCAACUGCAGCUGAACAAAGGAUUCAUUCUCCAAUUUGAGGACCCAGAGUUUGGAAAUGAACUCUGCAACUUAACAGCUAUUUCAGAGCUACCACCUGAGAAAGCUACCCUGAAGGUGAUUUAUGAGGCAAGCCCUGACCCUGAUGGAUCAGAUGUUCCUGACCCUGAUGGAUCAGAUGUGUCACUGUCGUCACUGGAUACAGCAUCACCUCCAAGUUCAUGUAGCUCUCCUGGUACAUCUAGACGGGUUUCUGCAUGGCCAACUCCUUUUCCGAUACCAACCUUUGCCUAUGAUGUCGAAUUGCGCCUCCAAAAAGGAAAUGAUGCCUACAAAGAGAAGGGCAUCCUGUUAGAAGCCACUAGAGACAUGAAAAGUGACAUUCUAGAUAAAAUUGCGCAAGCUGUGUUUGAGAUUACUGCAUAUCCAGAACCAAAAGAAAGAGAGUCUAUAGCAAUAGCUCUUGACAAUAAACAUCCCUGCCUUUGUGAACCAGGAAGCGGAAAUGGGUGGAAUGGAUGGAAUAUCAGUAUUGCAUUCAAAAUUGGAAACUACCGUCAGAAGCUGCGCAAUGCAGGCUGCGAAGAAGUGAAGGUGAAUGAAAGGCGGGGAAACCAUGGAAGACCUUUCAAAAAAGCAAGAAGAGCCGAGGUCAAUUUCCUUCCUAACCACCCCGCUGGACAGAGUGAAGACUCCUUGGAAAAGGAUCGAGAUUCAAUAACCAUUGAGAUGGAAAAAAGGAAUCCUAACAUGACUUUUGUCAGUGGAGCUAUGGAUCGCACAUUCUCCUUGCGAAGGAAAGAAAUAGUUGAACAGGAACCCCAUGUUGUAUUGGUGAAAAACAGAUGGCCAGCUCUCUUCCUGGAGUAUCAGGUGAACUGUGAAUUUCACAGAUUAACGAUGAUUAACCUCAAGAGAACAUUCCUGGAAGCUGUUGACACACACACCCCAAGACUCCUGCAGAUGUUUAGAAACAGAAGAGCACAUUUGGGUGAAGAGAUGCAGACACUCCUUGACUCAUUGGAUAAGCAGACAUCGGACAUUUCCAUGCACAGAAAGACCGUGGCACUCCAAGGGCUUCCAUUGUUCCUGAAAGACUACGGAGCAGAGAAGAUUCUAACAACAUGCUUGAACACUGAUCCAGAAGCAGACUACACAAAAGGUGUGAAGAUGGCCAUCAUGACUGUGAUUGAAGAUGAUGUAGGGGCCUCCGCUUCCCCACCACACAUUGAAGAUUAUGCCAUCAUACUAGAGGAGAUUGUGGUAAUGCACAACAUCUGUGAUUUGCCAAAUGCAUUUGCACUUUUUUGGCCUCUUUAUGGUCUGUCUGAAUGA